AUGGAGUUUGAUAGUGAGGAAGAGGCAUAUGAUUUUUACAAUGCAUAUGGUGGUCGAAUUGGUUUUAGCAUCCAGAAGGAGUAUGGCAAUAAAGUUAAUGGAAGAAUUAUAUCAAGGGCGUUAGUUUGUAGCAAGGAAGGUGUGAAGGGGACUGAUAAACAAGAUAGACGAAUUUUCUCAGUCCAAGCUAUUGAUGUUGAGUUAGCUUCGGAUUUAAGAGUUCUGGCUUGCAAUGCAUAUGAGUUGAUGGGAAGGAAAUCUAGUGGCAAAGAAUCAAUUGGGUACUUGAAAGUGGAUCUUAAAAAUUAUCUAAGAACGCGAAGACAAAAGGAGCUUCUUUAUGGAAAUGCGGCAUGA